CACCGCGAAGACAGAGCAAAGAAGGCGCAUAACACAGCUAAUUCGGAGGAAUCAUCGAGAUCUACAAACGUUAAAACCCUGCGCUUACUUCACGGAGAAGCUCAACCACCCUGGAAUCUACACCAACAGCAAGGAUGCUGCCGCUCCUACUUUUCUUCUUUUAGUCUGCGUGUUGUUGAAGAAAUGCCGUUAAAGUUGGAUUUUUUUGUUUUAAAUGCUCUAUCUCUUCAGUCCUCCCUACAUUUACUUAUUUUCUCCGCCCCAGCUUCAGCUUCAAUGACAGCUCUUAUGCUUCACCAAAACCCACAUUCUUCCAUCUUUAAAGGGAUAUUUUGAUGCAGGUUUGGCCUGGAAUGUCUACUUUGAAUAGAGGCGAGAGCUUACACUAACACCAUCCUAUGAAGCGAACUUCCUUCAUCCUGGCAUCACUGUUCCUCUGGCUCCUAUUUUUCCUUACACAAACUAUUGCCAACCUACAAUCAGACAAGCAAGCCCUUCUUGACUUCGCUGCUCUGGUCCCUCAUGGACGAAAAAUCAACUGGAAUCCUUCCAAACCAAUCUGCACUUCUUGGAUUGGCAUCACUUGCUACAACAAUGGCUCCCGUGUUCUCGCCGUUCGCCUGCCUGGAGUUGGACUGUAUGGUCCAAUUCCGGCCAAUACACUCGGGAAGUUGGAUGCCCUUAUGAUUCUCAGCCUGCGGUCCAACCUUCUAAAUGGGAAUCUUCCAUCAGACGUACUCUCCCUUCCAUCCCUCCAGUAUGUUUACCUUCAACAUAACAACUUCUCAGGUGCCAUACCUUCCUCUCUUUGCCCCCAGAUAAACUUGCUUGAUUUCUCCUUCAAUUCCUUGACUGGCAACAUUCCAGCCACAAUUCAAAAUUUAACACAACUCUCUACUUUGAGCCUACAAAACAACGUCCUUACAGGACCAAUACCUAAUCUCCCGGCAGUUCAACGUUUGAAUCUGAGUAACAACAACCUGGAUGGCCCGAUUCCAUCUGCUCUGCGGAAGUUUCCUGUCUCUUCCUUUGAAGGGAAUAUUAUGCUUUGUGGGCCUCCAUUGAACCAGUGCUCCACUUUCAGUCCUUCACCUUCUCCUUCCCCUGCUUAUUUAUCUCCCACUCCGCUCAUCCCAGAAAAACCAAGAAAUAGCUCCAAGAAGAAACUGAGUACGGGAGUUAUCAUUGGCAUUGCAGUUGGGGGUUCUGCUGCACUGCUUUUCCUCUUUAUGAUGUUGUUUGUUUUCUGUUUGAAGAAAAAGGAGAAUGAAGGUAAUGGUGCAGUAAAAGGGAAAGUUGGAAGGAGUGAGAAGCCUAAGGAGGACUUUGGAAGUGGGGUGCAAGAGGCUGAAAAGAAUAAGUUAGUGUUCUUUGAAGGUUGUUCCUCUAAUUUUGAUCUUGAGGAUUUACUAAGGGCUUCAGCAGAAGUGCUGGGAAAGGGAAGCUAUGGAACAACUUACAAGGCCAUUCUGGAGGAAGUAUCGACCGUGGUUGUUAAGAGGUUGAAAGAAGUGGCCAUAGGAAAAAGUGAGUUUGAGCAGCAAAUGGAGACAGUGGGUAGGGUAGGACAGCACCCAAAUGUCAUCCCUCUCCGUGCUUAUUAUCACUCCAAGGAUGAGAAACUCCUGGUUUAUGACUACAUGGAAGCUGGAAGCUUUUCUGCACUAUUGCAUGGAAGCAAGGAAGCUGGACGAAGUCUUGAUUGGGAAUCCAGAGUUAAGAUCUCACUUGGUGCUGCAAGAGGCAUAGCCCACAUCCAUUCGGUUGGUGGAGGGAAAUUCGUCCAUGGGAAUAUCAAGUCUUCCAAUGUCCUCCUCACACAGGAUCUUCAUGGCCAAAUCUCAGAUGUUGGCUUAGCUUCUCUUAUGAGUUACCCUACCGUCCCAUCGAGGGGUGCAGGCUACCGAGCUCCAGAAGUGAUUGAAACUCGAAAAUUUACUCAGAAGUCUGAUGUCUACAGUUAUGGUGUUCUACUUCUUGAGAUGCUGACUGGUAAAGUGCCAGUCCAAUCAGCAGCACACGAGGAUUUGGUUGAUCUUCCGAGGUGGGUUCAGUCUGUUGUUAGAGAGGAAUGGACUGCCGAGGUUUUCGACAUUGAGCUAAUGAGACACCAAAAUAUUGAAGAAGAGUUGGUCCAAAUGCUUCAGAUAGCAAUGGCCUGCGUGGCUAGUGUGCCAGAAAUGAGACCUACAAUGGAAGAAGUAGUUAAAGUGAUUGAGGAUAUUCGCCCGUCUGAUUCUGAGAACCGGCCUUCGUCAGAGGAGAACAAGUCCAAGGACUCGAAUAUGCAAACACCAUGAUCGAUCCAGUGAAGGCCAACAUGCCAUUUAAAUAAGAAGUGAAAGAUCCAUUAACAAAGGAUGAAAGGACUGCAUAGAUACAUAUAUAUAUGUCCUUUCUAACAAAAAUUAUGUUCUGCUCUGAUUCUUUUAGCAUUUUCCCUGUAACAAAUCCCAUCAGCUCGCAUUACUUCUCUCAUUAUCGCAGUAAUUAGUGAGUGUUUAUGAGAGAGCUAGACUGCACUUGCUUUCAAAGACUUGUUAGCUGAUCUAUGCAUUAUAACUGCCAAGCUAGAAUGUGUAAUUGUGUAAGAACAUUGACUGACCCGACUCUAUUAUGAGUUCAUCGGGCCAGGUUUGGCCCUGGACCGAUUAAGAGGCGAUCGGUCAAGGUUUGGUAACCCGAUAUACAUCCCUGGUAUUCAAGUGGGAAGUUUUUUAUG